AUGUCCGCGAGGUCCGUGUUUUUUCUCAAUCUGUGCGUUUUCCUCGGAUUUGCCUUCGCUCAAGUUCAACAGCAGCUACUGAACAAGCUGGUUUGCAUCGAGCACCAGGAGUGCGGUGCUUGUCUGUCCGCUGCUGCGCACUGCCGCUGGUGCGCGGAUCCGUACUACAGUUCCGCUGCUCCCAGAUGCAACGAUGAUGAAAGCUUAGUGUCAACGGGAUGCAGUCAGGGUAUGAUCCAACGUCCUGAGAAGCCGAUUUGGCAAGUGGCCGAGAAUGUUUCACUCCAAGACAUGCAGCCGGGCAACCAUGAGGCCGUCGUUCAAAUACAACCGCAAAGAAUCAAGCUCUCACUCAAACCGAGAGAGACUCAGAAAAUUAAGUUUGCCUAUAGACCCGCAAAGAAUUAUCCCUUAGAUUUAUAUUACUUGAUGGAUCUGACAUGGUCCAUGAAAGAUGACAAGGAAACUCUGGUGUCCCUACGUGAUGAUUUACCGGCUCUGUUAAAGAAUCUUACGGAUAAUUUCAGACUCGGUUUUGGCAGUUUCGCGGAAAAGCCAUUGAUGCCGUACAUUAGCGUAGAUCCAAGGAGACUCGCCAAUCCUUGUUCAGUUGAAGAGGAGGCGUGCGAAGCCACUUAUAGUUACAGACAUCAUCUCUCACUAACUAACAAGGUAAACGAGUUCAUUGAGCACGUGAACAGCAGCUCGGUGACGGCGAACCUGGACAACGCUGAAGCACAGCUUGAGGCGCUGGUGCAGGCAAUCGCGUGCGGCGCGGAGGUGGGCUGGUCGGCGCAGAGUCGAAAGAUUGUCAUACUGCUCACCGACGGUCUGAUGCACACCGCCGGUGAUGGGAAACUGGGCGGAGCGACGUUGAGGAACGACGAAAGCUGUCAUCUCAAUGAAGACGGCUACUACUCCGAGGCUGGCAUCUAUGAUUACCCCUCCAUCGCGCAAGUGUACCGGCUGCUGGAUACGUACAAGGUGAACGUAAUAUUCGCGGUGACAGAGAGCGUCAAGUACCACUACGACAACCUGCAUCGCUUGCUCGAGGACUACACUUACGUCGCGCGACUCGAGAGCGACAGUUCCAACAUAUUGAAACUGGUGAGAACGGGCUACGAAGACAUCGUUAGCGUGGUCGACUUCGAAGACAACUCCGGAUCGGGCCCCGUGAAGGUCAAAUACUUCACCGACUGCGGAGUGAAAGGCGGGUCCAUGGUGGCGGCGACACGUUGCGUCGGCGUCGAAUACGGAAUGACCCUGAACUAUGAGGCGCACGUCAGCUUGGACUCAUGUCCCGAGUACAAAAAGAUGAGCCAAACGAUAAAAAUAUCGGAGAGCCAGCUGGGACAAGACUCUUUGACCCUGGAAGUGGAGAUACAGUGCGGCUGCGAGUGCGAGGGCGAUCUUCAGAAGGACAUAUCCCUGACGUGCCCUUUCAAUUCGCACAUCGUAUGCGGGGUUUGCCAAUGCAACAAAGGGUGGUCGGGGCCGUCUUGCGACUGUUCUAUAGAGGACGAGGCGGCCUCGGCGCAGUUGAUGGCGCAGUGCCGGGAGGCGAACUCGACGCACAGCAUGGCGUGCUCGGGCGCGGGCGACUGCGUUUGCGGCGAGUGCCGUUGCGAUCGCGGUUUCAACGGCCGUUUCUGCCAGUGCAAGGCCUGCGAGUUGAGCCUUGAGAACGGAAUGGAGUGCGGCGGCGUGGAGAGAGGCGUGUGCGCGUGCGGGCAAUGCGCGUGCGCACCCGGUUGGAGCGGCGACGCGUGUGACUGUUCGGACGCCAUCGACGCCUGUCUACCCCCCGGCUCGGAGCUCGAGUGCUCCGGCCAUGGCCGCUGUGUCUGCGGGCAGUGUCAGUGCUCGGCAGCGGAGGAAGAUGGCGGCAAGUACACGGGCGUUUUCUGCGAGACUUGCGCCACGUGCGAGAACCCACUGUGCGCCAGCGCCGAGCCUUGCGUCCUGUGCCAUUUGAACAGCAGUUGCACGGAUAUAUGCACCAUCGGCAGCGUCAACUACACGGUCGGCGAGCGGAUGAACGAACCAGUGAUCGCCGACGAAUCUGAAACGUCGUGCAUCUUGCGGCGCGACGAGGAGGGACUCGAGUGCGAGUACCGGUACACAUAUUACGCCGGGGCGAAAGCGAUGAUCGCGAUGGAGAUCGUGAUGAGAUCGAAGGAGUGCUACCAGCCGACCAGCGCGAGGAUAAUGACGAGCGCGCUGGUCAUAAUGGCCUGCGUGGUGGCGGCCGGCGUGGUGGUCAUCAUGGCGAUAAAGAGCGCCCAAAUCGUGUCGGAUCGCCGCGCGUACGCCAAGUUCGUGCAAGAGGCGCAGGAGAGCAGGAAGAACAUGCAGGAGCUGAAUCCGCUUUACAUAUCCCCAAUUUCGGAGUUCCGAAUGCCAGAAUCCUUCCCGAGGGAUAAGCACGAU